AUGUUUAGCCAAAUCUAUCUCUUAGUUCUUCUUUAUUUCCGUGAUGUUAUCAGCUCGCUAUAUGCUGUCUUUAUUUCCUAUCGAUACACACCACCACGUCGGACGAAAGCUCUCUCUCUAAUCUCUCUCUCUCUGAAUUUGCUCUCUCUCUCUCUCUCUCUCUUUGCUGUUUCUCUCUUGCUAUUUCGCUGUUCUCUCUCUUUGUUCUACCUUUGCUCUUUCUCUCUCUCUCUCUCUCUCUCUCUCUCUCUCUUUACACUAUCACUCUCAUCUCUUUCCCCUCUCUCUCUCUUUACACUAUCACUCUCAUCUCUUUCCCUCUCUCUCUCUCUCUCUCUCUCUCUCUCUCUCUCUCUUUGGUGUCUCUCUUUGCUUUCUGUCUCUUUGCUUUCUCUCCCUGUUUUUGCUAUCUCUUUCUUUGCUAUUUCUCUCUCUCUCUCUCUCUCUCUUUCUUCUCUCUCUCUCUUUCUGCUCUCUCUCUCUCUUUCUGCUCUCUAUCUUUUUUUACGCUCUCUCUCUCUCUCCUUGCUCUAUUUGUAUUUGCUAUCUCUUUCUUGUUGCUCUCUCUCUAUUUUCUCUCUCUCUCUCUCUCUCUCUCUCUCUCUCUUUCUCUCUGUUCCUGCUCUCUAUAUCUUUCCUUUCUCACUUUGGUUUUGCUUUCUCCCUCAUUGCUGUCUCUCUCUCUCUCUCUCUGCCCUCUCUAUCUCUUUUUACACCCUCGCUCUCCUUGCUCUCUUUCUAUUUGCUCCCUCUUUCUCUUUGCACUCCCUCUGUUUCUGCUCUCUCUUUGCUCUCUCUCUGCUUUCUCUGUCUCUUUGCUCUCUCUUUGCCCUUUCUCUCUCUCCUUUACACUCUCUCUUCUUGCUCCCACCCUAUUUACUCUCUUUUUCUCUUUACUCUCCCUUUCUCCAUUUGCUCUCUCUAUUUGCUCUUUCUGUCUUUGCUCUCUCUUUGCUCUCGUUCUCUCUCUCUCCUUUUGUUCUCUCUCUCUUUGCUCUCGUUCUCUCUCUCUCUCUCUCCCUUUGCUCUCUCUCUCUUUGCUCUCGUUCUCUCUCUCUCUCUCUCUCUAGGUUUGACUUUUCUGUCUGUUUUGCUCUCUCUCUCUCUCUCUCUCUCUCUCUCUCUCUCUCCCCCUUUGGUCUUUCAAUCCUUGAUUCCUCUCUCUCAUUCUCCUCGGUUAAUUAUUCAGUUACUAUCUCCAUUAUCUUUAUCGGGUUCAUUAAAUUUUGUUUUCCUUUUUAUCUCAUUUUCUUUUCUCAUUUUUCCUCUUUUUUCUUCGGACUCUUUUUUUUUUUCUGUUACGUUUUUUUCAUUUCUUUUUUCGUUUCUUUACUUGUCUUCUUCUUUUUUCUUUUUUCUUUUUUCUUUUCCUAUUAG